CGUCACCUCUGCUCGACACAUCUUUGUCAGUGAACAAAAUGGCGACCUACUGUCUCACCGUUGCACGGCUCCAGGUAAGUGACAGUUUUCCACAAAUUGUAUCGUGUUUAUGUGCCAUCUAUGUGUGAGAAGUCACCCUCAAAUACAAUGAAAGCAGUUUGGAUGUGGAACUGAUGUCUAGAUUUGAUGUUUGUCUGAAAGACUACGAUCAAAUUAUUGUCGGCCAUCCAGGUCAUCGUGUCCUGAGACGUACGUUAGCUUCGUCAUGAGCUCAAGUUAGUCAUUGCCACACAAAUGGUUAUUUAAAGCCACUUGUAAUAUGUAAAAUUUGAAUAAUAUGCCCAAAUGUAAGAUGUCAUCGCUCUAUAUAUUAUUUCAACCGAGGACACGUUUAUUGAUUGCAAGGUUAACGGAAGGUUAGGGUGCAGAACAACCACACAGGGCGCUGGCAAGCACGACGCAGUCUGGCCAGUGACCAAAACAACAUCGUUAGUGAGUGACAGCACCUCCUUGGUGACACGGAAAGUCAAAAUACCAGUUUAUUGAUGUAUGUCUCGCUGUUGUAGUCAGGGAUUUUCAUUGUAGCACCCAUUUAGCGCUGAUUAUUGACUAAACAUUGGAAUUUGCCAGAUCAUUUUCUGCCUGCUAUUUGCCACUGGUAUUCAUUCGCAAAUGCUUAAGUUGUUUGUUUACCCCACAUUGUGCCAAUGAUAUGAUCUCAUCCACUUCCAGACAAUGAAAGGCCUUAGUCAUACUGCUCCCAACUAGAGGCAGAGCUGUUUCACCUUGAACUAGAAUGAGUCUUUAUGUGCUCAACAAGAGUCUUUCAGUUUUUACUAACAUUUGUACUUGACCUUUUCCCACCUUACUAGCUCAGACUUUGCUGAUAGCUACUUUAUUGAGGAAAAAUGUACUUACUGUGAUUUUUGGUUGUCCCACCUAGCUACGGUGCAUUCUGAAAGUAUUCAGAUGCCUUGACUUUUUCCACAUUUUAUGUUACAACUUUAUUCUGAUCUGCUAAGUCUAAGGCGCUCUUUCAUCUAAGUUGACUACUCAUGGGCUACAGAACUGCACCCAAAGUCCUAUCUAAAUCUAGGCCCAAAUUAUUUUGAUGUAUGUUUUUUUUUUAUGUUGAAUUAACUCUGUCGUCAGCUUGCCUUUUUUUUAUGUUGAAUUAACUCUGUCGUCAGCUUGCCUUGGGCCAGGGUGUGCGGCGCCUGCACGUGUCUGCAGCCUUCAAUGCCAAGGCCAAAGUGUCAAUGAGCCGCUUUGAGCCCAGCAACUACGUCAGCUAUGAGAAGCUCAAUGAGAACGUCAACAUCGUGCGCAAGAGGUCAGUCUACCCCUCCACCGUUUACAUUAGCACGUGUCCCUGUUUCACUCCAUUCUUACAGUGAGAUGGCCUACAGGCCAGGGUGCCAGUCUGUUUCUGACUUAGCCAACUUUGUUGUCUUGCCAAGGCAAUGAUGGGACUAUUACCCAGGCCUUUUCUGUUCAGUGUCAGCUGUACAAUUAGAGCUAUUUGUAGCCCUUUACAGUAACUCAACACAUUCUCUGCCCUCCUCCCUUCCAGACUCAACCGUCCCCUCACUCUCUCGGAGAAGAUCGUCUACGGCCAUCUGGAUGACCCUGUGGGGCAGGACAUCGCCAGGGGCCGUACGUACCUGCGUCUGCGGCCGGACCGCGUGGCCAUGCAGGAUGCCACGGCCCAGAUGGCCAUGCUGCAGUUCAUUAGCAGCGGCCUACCUCGUGUGGCUGUGCCCUCCACUAUCCACUGUGAUCAUCUGAUCGAGGCCCAGAUCGGAGGAGCCAAGGACCUGGCGAGGGCGAAGGUGAGGGGUCUGGGAAGGGGAUGGAUGCAGGAUAAGGUCGUCAGGCCUCGGGGCUGGAGGCAGGACUAGGGAAUAAAGUACUGGUAAUAAUAUUUUGCAGUUUCUCUUCGUUCUCUUGGUUCUUAGGACAUUAAUGCAGAGGUAUAUAACUUCCUGGCCAGUGCUGGAGCCAAGUAUGGAGUGGGCUUCUGGAAACCAGGCUCUGGCAUCAUCCAUCAGGUACAGUAACAAGGCUACUCUGAAAUGACACUGAAGGCACAUGUUUCCCCAGUGUUGAUUGCUGGCAAUGCACUCACUUGAUAAUAGACAAGAUGUCCUUAUAGAAUUAAGUUCCUCUAAAUUGUUAUGAAUUUCAUUAUACAUUCACAUAAGAUAUUGCACAUUUAUAAUGAAGAGCAGAGCUAUCUGUUUGCAGUGGUAAGUACCAUAACUGACACUCUCUUAUCUCACCCAUUCAGAUCAUCCUGGAGAACUAUGCCUACCCAGGGGUGUUGCUGAUUGGCACAGACUCUCACACACCCAAUGGUGGUGGACUGGGCUCCAUCUGCAUUGGAGUGGGAGGGGCUGAUGCUGUUGACGUCAUGGCUGGCAUCCCCUGGGAGCUCAAAUGUCCCAAGGUAAGUGCGAAUUCCAGUUUAAAUUGGACAUUCCUUUUUUCCCCAGUCCCAGUACUAUAUUACAGUAUGAUACUACAUAAACCUCACUAAAUCAUGUUCUCCUCCUGUCCCCCUGUCAGGUGAUUGGGGUGAAGCUGACAGGCAAGCUGUCAGGGUGGACGUCCCCCAAGGAUGUGAUCCUGAAGGUGGCUGGGAUUCUGACCGUGAAGGGGGGUACUGGCGCCAUUGUGGAGUACCAUGGACCUGGAGUGGACUCAAUCUCCUGCACAGGUCAGAGAGGGGGAGAGAGAACUGGGUUACUACUGUCCUCUACUGCACACUGUAUUACUGGCAUCAUCUAACUAGGAUGGUUACCAGCUGACCACCACUGCUCUUUGGUCUAAUAUACUUAUGUUUUUCUGUGUAUGGUGUGAGGAGCACAAUCAUCAAUCGGCAGAGUUUACUAUCAAGCAAUGUUGUAGGAUAUUUUGUGUUUGUAGGAAUGCCCAUAGAAACCCACAGCAUAUUGUGUGUUUUAGGAAUGGCCACUAUCUGCAACAUGGGGGCUGAGAUUGGAGCCACCACCUCUGUGUUCCCCUAUAACCACCGCAUGAAGACAUACCUGGAGAAGACUGGCCGUGGAGGUCAGUCAGUUCAUGUCAUCACACAAGUAUGUCUGUGUGCGUGAUAUGCAAUGAUCUGUCAGGUGAUGUGCUGAAUAUGUUUGUGGGAAGUUCUGGGAUUGCGUCCCAAAUGGCACCCUAUAUAGUGGACUAUAAAGGGAAUAGGGUGCCAUUUGGGACGCAUCCUGGAAGGUUUGUCAUUUCCUUAUAAGAGAUGCUUGAUCCAUUUAUCCGACCCCGUUGCCCUCGCUCUCCUCUCAGACAUUGCUGCCCUGGCUGACGAUUAUGCUGACCUGCUGGUUCCUGACACGGGCUGUGAGUAUGACUCGAUCGUCGAGCUCAACCUGGAUGAGGUGAGUCCCCUGCUCUUUCUAAUAAUAAUAAUAAUAAUAAUAAUAAUCAUAAUCUUUCUCACACACACAAAUCCAACCUGACCCGCGCUAUCUUUCUUUGUCCUUCCUAGCUGAAGCCCCACAUCAAUGGGCCCUUCACCCCUGACCUGGCCCACCCCAUGGCAGACAUUGGGGCCACGGCAGCGAAGAAUGGCUGGCCCCUGGAGGUCAAAGUGGGUCAGUGCAGUCUUCAGAUCCUUUUGACCUCACAGCUGGCCACUGUGUCUCACCACCAUGCGUCUCUGUUUAGACCUUAAAUGACUAACUGUGAUGUUACUAUAUUAUUACUAGAUAUACUUUUUCUGGCUUUAGCCUUAAACACUGAUGUAUAGCUGUUCUAUUGAAUAUGAGAAAGUAGACAUGCAGUGGGUGGCUGCUUAAUCUGUCCCCUCCCCUCAGGUCUGAUUGGCAGCUGCACCAACUCCAGUUAUGAGGAUAUGGGCCGCUCUGCCUCCGUGGCCAAACAGGCCCUGGACAAAGGGCUGAAGUGCAAGGCCGCAUUCACCAUCACUCCCGGGUCUGAACAGAUCCGCGCCACUAUCGAGAGAGACGGAUAUGUGAGUCCCUGGCACCGGUAGAUGGAUAGGGGAAGGGGAUAUGACCAGGGUUCGAACUACUGGGGUGUCUGGUCUGCUGAUCACGCCACACAACAAAUCAGGGCAACAGGAUAACCAUUGUAAAAUAUUGUUGACAUCCUCCUAAGCAUCAAGGACAUUAACAUUGGCCCAGCUCUCUAUUUUAAGGGCAUCACAAGUAGCCAGUUUGUAAUUGGAGCUCUGGAUGUUGAGAUCCUCAGCAGGAAUACUACUGCUGUGUCCUGGGCUCCUCCCAGCUGGCCUACUGCUGGCUCCUCCCAGCUGGCCUACUGCUGGCUCCUCCUAACUGAAGAUGUAUGUAUGUAUGUUGUUCUGUAGUCCAAGAUCCUCGGUGAUGUUGGUGGAAUGGUCCUGGCCAAUGCCUGUGGACCCUGCAUUGGACAGUGGGACAGGUAAUAGUCAGUUGACUUACUCAUUCGUGUUCAUUCUGUUGAUAUUCACUUGAACUUGAAAGACUUCGAUUAAAAAUGUCUUAAGAUAUUGCCUGCGUAUCAAAUGUCACCCUACUCCCUAUGUAGUGCACUGCUUUUGACAAUGGCCCAUAGUGCACUAUAUAUGGAGUAGGGUGUUAUUUGGGGAACACAGUGUUAAGUCGAUGUUUCUGUUCAGGCGUGAUGUGAAGAAAGGAGAGAAGAACACUAUCGUCACGUCUUACAACAGGAACUUCACCGCUAGGAACGAUGCCAACCCAGCCACACACGCCUUCGUCGCCUCCCCUGAGGUACUGUUAAGACUGAAUAUACACACACAAGGGUUUCCGUUAAGGAAAUGUGGCGCAGGACAUUUCACCGGCAGCAUUUUUAAUUUAACGGACAUUUGAGAAAUUUACCAGACCCAUAUGCGUUGGGAGCGUAACCUGAUUAGGGCGUCCGUUCACGGUGCUCAGAAUGACAGAAAUCACAUUAAGAUUAUGGUUAUUUAUCUUUGCAGAACAUGCAACUUGAGGACGCAAGGGCAUGCGUCCUUCUUACCGAAUUCCGAUGCGCACUUUGAAGAUGUUAGAAUAACUUUUUACUUUUCCUCAGCCAAAAUGACGGGUAAAAAAGACUAUUAAAGAACUGCAAAAUCACUAGCCUAUGUCAUUCCCCCGUAGUAGGAAAGUUUACAUAUUCUAUUGGUGUGAGAAAGAAAUAGCUUAUUCCAAACACUCUGGGACAUUUGUGGGAUGAUACAGUGCAUUGGGAAAGUAUUCAGACCCCUUGACUUUUUCCACAUUUUGUUACAUUACAGCCAUAUUCUAAAAUGAUUACUUUUUUUUUUCUCAAGCUACACACUACCCCAUAAUGACAAAGCAAAAAAAAAAAAUUCUUUUAUUUUUUUAAACCAUCACGUUUACAUAAGUAUUCAGACCAUUUACUCAGUACAUUGUUGAAGCACCUUUGGCAGCAAUUACAGCAUCAAGUCUUCUUGGGAAUGACGCUACAAGCUUGGCACACCUGUAUUUGGGGAGUUUCACCCAUUCGUCUCUGCAGAUCCUCUCAAGCUCUGUCAGGCUGGAUGGGGAGCGUCACUGCACAGCUAUUUUCAGGUCUCUCCAGAGAUGUUCAAGUCCGGGCUCUGGCUGGGCCACUCAAGGACAUUCAGAGACUUGUCCUGAAGCCACUCCUGCGUUGGCUUGGCUGUAUGCUUAGGGUCGUUGUCCUAUUGGAAGGUGAACCUUCGCCUCCAGUCUGAGGUCCUGAGCGCUCUGGAGCAGGAUUUUAUCAGGAUCUCUCUGUACUUUGCUCCGUUCAUCUUUGCCUCUAUCCAGACUAGUCUCCCCGUCCCUGCUGCUGAAAAACAUCCCCACAGCAUGAUGCUGCCACCACCAUGCUUCACUGUAGGGAUGGUGCCAGUUUUUCUCCAGACGUGACGCUUGGCGUUCAGGCCAAAGAGUUCAAUCUUGGUUUCAUCACACCAGAGAAUCUUGUUUCUCAUGGUCAGUCCUUUAGGCAAACUCUAAGCGGGCUGUCAUGUGGCUUCCGUCUGCCCACUUUACCAUAAAGGCCUGACUGGUGGAGUGCUGCAGAGAUGGUUGUCCUUCUGGAAGGUUCUCCCAUCUCCACAGAGGAACUCUGGAGCUCUGUCAGUGACCAUCGGGUUCUUGGUCACCUCCCCCGAUUGCUCAGUUUGGCCGAGCGGCCAGCUCUAGGAAGAGUCUUGGUGGUUCCAAACAUCUUCCAUUCAAGAAUGAUGGAGGCCACUGUUCUUAUGGACCUUCAAUGCUGCAGAAUUGUUUUGGUACCCUUCACCAGAUCUGUGCCUCGACACAAUCCUGUCUUGGAGCUCUACGGACAAUUCCUUCAACCUCAUGGCUUGGUUUUUGCACUGUCAACUGUGUGACCUUAUAUAGGUGUGUGUGUGCCUUUCCAAAUCAUGUCCAAUCAAUUGAAUUUACCACAGGUGCACUCCAAUAGUUGUAGAAACAUCACAAAGAUGAUCAAUGGAAACCGGAUGCACCUGAGCUCAAUUUCGAGUCUCAUAGCAAAGGGUCUGAAUACUUAUGUAAAUAAGGUAUUUCUGUUUUAUUUUUAAUAAAUUAGCACACAUACCUGUUUUUGCUUUGUCGUUAUGGAUGUUGUGUGUAGAUUGAGGAUUUGUAUUUAUUUAAUCAAUUUUAGAAUAAGGCUGACUUAACAAAUUGUGGAAAAAGUGAAGGGGUCUGAAUACUUUCCGAAUGCACUGUAUGUUUUCAAAAUGCAAAGUGGUUGUGUGUGACGCUGAAGCCUGCCUACCGUAGGCCUAUAUGCACUUGAAUGGGAAGCAUGCUUAAAUUACCAGUUGAGAAAUAAAAAUAGUGGGUAUUUUUAAUUAUGGCCAUCAAAACCGUUUAACAGGCUAUUUGCAUUUAGAAGUGUUACGCAAUGAUUGGGCUUAUAAAAGCACAGCAACAAAUGAGCUGUAGCUGCUGCUCUCGCGCUGUCUGACAUAUUUUCCACUUAUAGGCUCUAUCUGUAUGCUGUGCGCAUGUAAUAAACAUAACAGUAACAAAUGUACAAGACAAUUUAAUUAUGCAAAUUAACCUAUAGACCGAUUUGUAUAUUUUUAUAAACAUGACUGGUCAAAUGUAUUUCCAUCAAUGAAUAGGCUAAAAAUCAUUAUUUUGCAAUGUGUUUUAUUUCCCUUUUUUUUUUUUGGCUGGCGCCAGUUUUUUGAAAAUGUUUUUUUUAUCGUCAGAAGCCGGUUAUUACCGGCAAACGGAAACCUUCACACACAGCUUUUUUGCUGACUCACUUUCAUUCUGUUCUCACUCACUUCCAUGGAAGAUAUUGUACACACCUCACCUAUCUUGUCCUCUCCUCCUCCAGAUCGUCACAGCCCUGGCCAUCGCAGGAACCCUGGAUUUCAACCCUGAGGUUGACUACCUCACGGCCGCCAACGGAGAGAAGUUCAAGCUGGAGCCUCCCAACGCAGACGAGCUGCCUAAGUUGGACUUUGACCCCGGUCAGAACACCUACCAGCACCCCCCUGCAGAGGGUGGAUCCAAGCUGAGGGUGGACGUCAGCCCCACCAGCACCCGGCUGCAGCUGCUGGAGCCCUUUGACAAGUGGGCCGGAGGAGAUCUGGAGGACCUGCAAGUCCUCAUCAAGGUCAGGGGUCAAAGGGGGGAAAAACUAGGGUCUGUUCAGGAGGGUGGAUCGUUACAGAACUUUCUGAUAUACAUUUAUUUUCAGUUAAACUUACUCUUCCUCCUUUCUCCCAAUCCACCAUUCUCUGUCUCUGUCCAUCCAGGUGAAGGGGAAGUGCACCACAGACCACAUCAGUGCUGCCGGCCCCUGGCUCAAGUUCCGUGGUCACCUUGACAACAUCUCUAACAACAUGCUGAUUGGAGCAGUCAACAUCGAGAACGACGGCGUCAACAAGAUCAAGAAUCAGCUGACGGGAGAGUACGGCGGUGUUCCUGACGUCGCCCGCCAUUACAAGGUAAGCACCCCGGAUGAUGAACCAUGACCCCUAGCUCAAACAUCCUCACUUGAGAUUAAAACCUGUACUUUUCGCUCAAAUUUCCCUUUUGAAAGUCUGUUGUGCGUGUCUCAGCUCUUUUAUAGAUUCAGAAUACCCAUAAACAUUUGGCCAUCAGUGUAGGAAAUGGCAAUGAGGGAAUUUAAGUUUCCCUGAUGUGGUUGGUGAUCUCUCCUCUCCCAGGCCAACGGUCUGUCAUGGGUGGUUGUGGGAGAUGACAACUACGGUGAGGGAUCCAGCAGAGAGCAUGCCGCCCUGGAGCCCAGACACCUGGGAGGAAGAUGCAUUAUCGUCAAGAGCUUCGCCAGGAUCCACGGUAACUUAAGCACAGGCCAAAAGGGAUAGUUUGUUGUGUAUGUGCGCACACCCGCAGAACAUUGCAUCUACAUUGCUUCCUUCCCCAACUUCGACGAUAUUCACCACUUUGAUCUCAAAAUAGACAAUCCAAGUGAAUCGUGUAGAUCCUAAUUGGGGGGGGGGCUCGUAUCGAAAUCAUUGACUGGAAAAUGUAUUGAACUUAUUAGAAAAGUAGUUAAAUUGCACAGUUUCUCCUAAUUCAUGAGAAGAAUGCAUCAGUGAUUCAUAUUUCCUGCAACUUUCUGAAGUAAUGCCUGUUUCCUUGCACCUAUGUUUGUGUAGCCAGUUGGCAUGCCUAAACAGGCAUUUCUAAAGGCUUUCCCAGAAAACCUUCCCAAUUAAAUGUUGACUGCAAAGUAGGCCUACCUGGCAGAAUGAUAUCAUGAUUUGUAUGAAUCAGGUGGGCAUUUGUUUUGCAAACUCUCUUCCCCAGACCUCAAGUUGUCUCCUGGUGUGGUGUAAGCAUUGUUGUGGACUUAGAACAUCCAACUUUGUUUUUCUAAAUGUUUGUUGUGAACUGGAGAAGAAAAUAAACCGAAUUGAAUGUGGAAACAACAAAGAUGAUAUAGUUCCCUAUGUCUUCCUGUCGGUGGAGACCAAUUAUCAUUUUGUGUCAUGAUAAACCGUAAGCGCUGACCAGAGCUCCCCCCCGGACACUUUUCUCUGUCUAUUGUGAUUGGGAAAGUUAGGAGUAUUGAGACUAAUUAAAUGUUAUGUACUUGUUGUUCUCUGAAAACCAGCAAAUAGAUUUUCUUGCACUUCACACUGCAUUUCUGUGUCUGUUUGGGGAGGGGGGGGAGUCACCUUUAUGGGUCCUCACCAGUUUGCAUCCCUGCAGCAACCCUUUUUUCCUUUCCUCUCUGCAGAGACCAAUCUGAAGAAACAGGGUAUGCUGCCCCUGACCUUCCAGAACCCUGCUGACUAUGACAAGAUCCGACCAGACGACAAGAUCUCCAUCAAAGGACUCGCAACCUUCGCCCCAGGAAAGGUGAGUGGCACUUACUCCAAUCUCUAGGCUUUAGUUCCAGCCCAUCAUGGUCACACCUGAUUUAACUAAUCAUGGUCUAAAUUGGACUGUCCAGGAUAUGAACCACCCAGCUCCAGUGUUUAGCCUUAAGGUUUGUUUCCAGGUAAGGUUCACCAUGUAUGUCUGUCUAACUGUGUGUGUGUGGCUGCCCCCUCCAGCCUUUGUAUGCAGUUGUGAAGCACAGUGACGGCACCAAAGAUGACUUCCAGCUGAACCACACCUUCAAUGAGACACAAAUCGAGUGGUUCCAGGCCGGCUCCGCCCUCAACAGGAUGAAGGAGCUCCAGUAGCUGGAGAGGGAGUAGGAGGAAGAGCUACGGAUACAGGGGGAGGGGUGGAGAGGACUGGGGACAUGGGGCAGGCAGAGAUGGGGCAGGUUUGUGUUUAAAGAUAUGGGAUAUGUCUCAAUCUUGAACGGCUUCCUUUCCUCCUCGCCUUAUGUUCGUUACCACUGAUCUGAAAGGUGAAAGUACAUUUAAUAUGACGAAUCUAUCCGCUCCAUUUAACCAAUCAGUGAUAAGUAGGGAAAGGAGCUGAGGAGAGGACCAUAUAAGAGUAUUGAGACAUGGCCGUGGUAAAGAAUAAAUGCCGCACCUUCCGGUCCAGUCCAAUCAUCAACCACUGCAUGUGUCAUCCACUGCCCUGCACUGUAGAGACGAGUCCAUCAAAACUUCUCAUAUUUAAGAUACACAUGUCAAACCUCGCAGCACAGACUGCAGGAGUGCAUAGACACAAAGACUGGUACUACUGUACAGUUUAAGGUAGGGUGAGCUGCUGUCGU